AUGCGGCUGCCCUUGUGGCCUCUGCUGCUACUUGGGACCAGCUUGUUUGUAACGCACGUACUAUCGCAACAACAAUGCCGGGAUUGCACCAACCGCGGAUGUUUCUGUGUUGGAGACAAAGGCUCGAUGGGAGCGCCAGGCCCACAAGGACCCCCCGGAUUGGCCGGAAAUCGCGGCUUCCCCGGACCUGAAGGUCUCGGCGGCCCGAAAGGCCAGAAGGGAGCUCAAGGACCGCCUGGCCCGCCCGGCGUCAAGGGAGAUCGGGGAGCCGUUGGAGUUCCCGGAUUCCCUGGAAAUGAUGGCGCUAACGGUGUCCCUGGAAUGCCUGGACUACCCGGACCCCCCGGACGCGAUGGCUUCCCCGGCAACAAGGGAGAUCGAGGAGACGCCGGACCAGCCGGCCCGCGAGGACCACCUGGCGAGAUUGGACCCCCAGGAAACCCUGGCAUCGGAUCGAUUGGACCAAAGGGAGACCCGGGAGAUCCUGGCCCGCCCGGUCCACCCGGAAGGCCCGGUAAUAAUGCUGACUAUCUGACGGCACCCAAGGGCUCGUAUGUUGGCCCAAAGGGAAAUAUCGGCGAGAAGGGAGAAAAGGGAGACCCAGGAAAUCUUGGCGACCGUGGAUUCCCGGGACAACCCGGAAAUCCCGGUAUCCCCGGAAUGCCCGGAAUGAAGGGAGAAAAAGGACUGCCCGGACCUGCUGGCCCCAGGGGCAAAGAAGGCAGACCCGGAAAUUCCGGACCGCCCGGCUUCAAGGGCGACCGUGGUCUCGACGGACUGCCUGGACUUCCUGGAUUACCCGGAAUGAAGGGUGAAGCUGGCUACCCAGGACGAGAUGGACCCAAGGGAAUGUCCGGACCACAAGGACCACCUGGAGGCGGCGAAGUCUCGGACGGGCCCCCGGGUCCACCUGGUCUUCCCGGCCGAACCGGCCAACCCGGCCCACCCGGAAAUGAUGGCUUCCCAGGAGCCCCAGGCCCACAGGGUCCCCCUGGACCGGACGGCCGCCCGGGUAUUGAUGGCGCGUCGGGCCGCAAGGGAGAACAAGGUCUUCCUGGAGUUCGAGGACCACCUGGAGACUCGUUGAAUGGACUGCCGGGUGCCCCUGGACCCCGUGGACCGCCCGGUCCUAAGGGCUACGACGGACGCGACGGAAUUCCCGGACUUCCCGGUGUACCCGGAACCAAGGGAGAUCGCGGUGGCUCGUGCUCAGCCUGCGCACCCGCGGACGCCCUGGAUUGCCCGGAAAAGAUGGACUUCCCGGCUUACCUGGUCAGAAGGGUGAAGCUGGAUAUGGACAGCCUGGGCUUCCUGGACUUUCCGGCGAGAAAGGAGACCGUGGUGUUCCCGGACUUGAUGGACAGCCAGGAUUGCCUGGAGAACCCGGACGACCAGCACCGCAACAACUACAGAAAGAGGGCGCUCCUGGCCUGCCAGGCCAUCCCGGCCUCCCAGGACUUAAGGCCCGGAUACCCCGGAAGCAAGGGAGACGCUGGCCUGCCUGGCAUCCCCGGCCAAGCCGGCUUCCCCGGCACUAAGGGCGAUGCUGGACAACCUGGACUACCUGGUGCCCCUGGCUUGGAGGGCGAGUGUGGACCCGAAGGACCACCCGGAUAUCCCGGAGCUAAAGGAGAUUCCGGCAUCCCUGGCCUACCCGGCAUCCCAGGCCUGAAGGGAGAAGCUGGACCGCAGGGCCCAUCUGGAUACCCGGGUUCCCCCGGCUCACCUGGAUACCCCGGCGUCAAGGGACUUCCUGGAAUCCCUGGAGUUCCAGGCCAAAAAGGUGACUCUGGCACACCCGGAUACCCUGGAGCUCCUGGGCUGAAGGGCAACACUGGAGAGAAUGGGCUUCCUGGACUUCCAGGAACAAAGGGUAACUCGGGACUACCCGGCCAGCCCGGACGCGACGGAAUGCCCGGCGUGCCCGGCAUCAAAGGCGACCGCGGUUUCAACGGAUUGCCUGGUCUGAAGGGAGAACCCGGAUUGGCUGCUCGAGAUGGACAGAAGGGAGAUGCCGGCCUACCAGGACAACCCGGUCUGCGCGGAACACCCGGCAAUCCUGGACUCCCCGGAAUUCCGGGCCCGAAAGGAGAAGCCGGACCCGCUGGAUAUGGACAACCCGGACACCCUGGAGAAAAGGGAUUGGCUGGUAUUCCUGGCAAAGCCGGGCGACCCGGAGCCCCCGGUGCCCCCGGACAAGAUGGGCUCCCCGGCUUCCCUGGAUUGAAGGGUGAAGCGGGCUAUCCUGGAGCACCCGGACUGCCCGGCAACGAUGGCGUCCCCGGUCUGCCGGGACUGAAGGGCGAAUCGGGACCAUCUGGACUUCCUGGUGUCCCCGGUGAACCAGGACAAUCUGGACCCAUGGGACCGCCUGGCAUUCGCGGCGAAAAGGGAGAAUCUGGCCUUCCUGGCCUUCCCGGUGACGCUGGCCUUGAUGGUGUGCCCGGAAUGAAGGGCGAUGCUGGAUAUCCGGGACAACCGGGCCUGCCUGGUGGUUCUGGCGAGAAGGGCAAUUCUGGAGCUCCUGGAUUCCCAGGAUUGAAGGGUUUGGCCGGACAGCCAGGUCUACCUGGACUACCUGGAAUGGUUGGCCAGAAGGGAGAACUUGGAACUCCUGGACUGCCUGGACAUGACGGCGGACCCGGUUAUCCUGGAGAAAAGGGAGAUGCCGGCUUGCCUGGUCAACCCGGUCUGCCUGGACAAGGCUUCCCCGGUUUGCCCGGUCAGCCCGGCCAGCCGGGAAUUAACGGACACGAUGGUCUACCUGGUCUUCCUGGCAUGAAAGGAGAUAGCGGACAACCCGGAUAUCCUGGAGCACCAGGAGCGAAGGGAGAUUCCGGACUUCCCGGCUUCCCCGGACAAAAGGGCGAAUCCGGUCUUCCUGGCGUGCCUGGCAAACGUGGCGAAGAUGGCUUACCUGGUCUGCCUGGACGCGAAGGACUUCCCGGUGUACCUGGAACUAAGGGUGAACGUGGACCGGCUGGCCCCUCGGGUCAACCUGGCUAUCCUGGAAUCCCCGGCCUAAAGGGCGAGAGCGGACUGCCAGGCUUCCCAGGCGCAAAGGGUGACUCUGGCCUCCCGGGAGCACCAGGAUUCCCCGGAGCCCCAGGUAUGAAAGGAGAGCUGGGUGUCCCCGGCCUUCCUGGACGCGAUGGACCCCCUGGACUCGAUGGGCAGCCCGGAUUGCCCGGCCCACCCGGACCCGAGCCGUUGGUGCAACCUGGAGAGAAGGGAGAUGCAGGACGUCCUGGUCUACCAGGUAUUCGCGGCGAAAAAGGCCUACCGGGACUAGAUGGACCACCGGGGCCGGCGGGACCUCCUGGUCUUCCUGGUACACGCGGUAAUGACGGAUACCCCGGCGUGCCCGGAAACCUCGGUGAAAAGGGAAUGGCCGGUCUGCCUGGGUUCCCGGGUCUGGAUGGACCACCAGGAGGACCAGGCCAGCCCGGUUUGCCAGGUGCCCCGGGGGCCCCUGGGCCAAGCUACAAGGACGGUUUCCUGCUUGUCAAGCACUCUCAAACCAAGGACAUCCCGACUUGCCCGGAGGGUCAAACUAAACUUUGGGACGGCUACUCCUUGCUUUACAUCGAGGGCAACGAAAAGUCGCACAACCAAGAUCUUGGCCACGCCGGUUCUUGCCUGAGGCGUUUCUCCACCAUGCCAUUCCUGUUCUGCGACUUCAACAACGUGUGCAACUACGCGUCACGCAACGAUAAGAGCUACUGGUUGUCGACGACGGCCGCGAUCCCGAUGAUGCCGGUGGCCGAGCAGGAAAUUGAACCCUUCAUCUCGCGCUGUUCCGUGUGCGAAGCGCCAGCCAACGUUAUCGCCGUGCACUCGCAGACCAUCCAGAUUCCCAACUGCCCGAACGGGUGGCGCUCAUUGUGGAUUGGCUACUCAUUUGCCAUGCACACUGGAGCCGGAGCGGAAGGCGGCGGCCAGUCACUCAGCUCACCGGGAUCUUGCCUCGAAGACUUCCGCGCCACUCCCUUUAUCGAGUGCAAUGGCGCCCGCGGUUCUUGCCAUUACUUCGCCAACAAAUUUUCGUUCUGGCUGACAACAAUUGAAAACGACCAGGAGUUCCGGACGCCCGAAUCGCAGACCUUGAAGGCGGGGUCUCUGAGAACACGCGUCUCGCGCUGCCAGGUUUGCAUCAAGUCACCGGACAGCCGGUAC